AUGGAGCUCUUUUUAGUGAAUAUUCUAUGCUUUCUUCUUUCCUUUGUCCAUCUUGCGCAAUGUAGCACCUCCACAUCAGACGGCCCCACUGCCACAGUUGUAAAUGGCACAUAUGUUGGCAAAAAUGUACCCGAAUGGCAACAAGAUCAAUUCCUCGGAAUCCCGUAUGCAAUCCCACCUCUGGGCGCUCUUCGGUUUGCGCGGCCGAGGUCUUUGAAUUCCUCGUUUGCUGGUACAAAGAAUGCAACGCAAUACGGUUAUAGUUGCAUGCAGUAUGGCACAAACUUUUCGCUGUCUGAAGAUUGCCUAACUGUCAACGUCAUUCGUCCGGCUGGGACAGCCUCCAGUGACAAGCUUCCAGUUCUUGUCUGGAUCUACGGUGGCGGGUUAUACGCAGGAUCGAGCGCUGAUCCCCAGUACAACGUUUCAGGUAUUGCCCACGUUGGGCAGGAAAUUGGGAAGCCUGUGAUUGUCGCCUCCAUAAAUUACAGACUCGGGGUAUGGGGAUUUCUCCAAAGUCCCCAAAUCCUCGCAGAAGGGAGCUCGAAUGCAGGCCUUCUCGACCAACGACUCGCUCUACGCUGGAUCAAAGAGAAUAUCGCAGCUUUUGGCGGCGACCCAGAGCGUAUCACCAUUUGGGGCGAAUCAGCUGGCGCUCAAAGUAUUGGGCUGCAUCUGCACUCUUACGACGGUAGAGAUGAUGGCUUGUUCCAUGCCGCCAUUAUGGAAUCGGGAAGCCAGAUUGGGGCAUUUUUGCAACCUCUCGCGUAUUACACGAGCCCGGUGGAAAACCUCACGAGGACGACGCAUUGUUACACGGCGAGUAAUCAGCUGGCGUGCUUGAGGAACUUGACGCAAGAUCAGCUUUUUUAUGCUCAAGUCAACGGCGACUUCCUGACCGCUUACCCAAGCACUCUAUCAGCUGAGGGAAAAUUCAUCCACAUUCCCCUCCUCAUCGGCGCAAACAGUGACGAAGGAACAUCGUUCGGUGUCACUGGGCUUGACAACGACACGGCAAUUUUCAACAAUCUUCUCAUCUACCGAAACUACGCCAUUUCCCCUCCGACAGCAAGGAAGCUGCUAGAACUGUAUCCCAAUGACCCAGCUCACGAACCGCCUUACUAUAUCACCAAUGCCACGAUUUUUCCAAGUAAAGGAUUACAGUGGAGACGAGAUUGUGCGAUCGCUGGAGAUGUUGUUAUGAUUAGUGGUAGGAGGAAGGUUUGUGAGGAGUAUACGAAGGGUGGAUUGGAUGUGUUUAGUUACAGGUUUGAUACGCCUUUGUGGAAUGCAGCAGUCACAGCAGGUGCUCAGCACUUCGUGAAUGUAGUGUUCAGCUUCCAGAACAUUUCAGGUGCUCUAGGUCCUCUCCCAAAAUACCAGAACUACACAGACCUUUCCCACAACAUCGGCAAAGCUUAUAUAUCCUUCGUGAACGACCUGGACCCGAAUACAAGCCGUGGCAAUAGCACUUUGCCGUAUUGGCCAAAAUACGAUCUAGAUGCACCUCAGAAUAUGGUGCUGAAUAGUAAUUUGACUUAUGUGGAAGAUGAUACCUUUAGGAAGGAAGGGAUUGCUUUCAUUAAUACGAUUGAUAGGGAAUUACUGGCUUGAUGAUACUCCAAGAAUUUGGGUCAAGUUUGAG